AUGAAGUUCCCGACGCUUGCAGCGCCCACUGCGAGCCCACUUGUGAGUCACACGACGCCAACCGCAGCCGACGGGUGCUCUGCCGAUGAAGUUCCCGACGCUUGCAGCGCCCACUGCGAGCCCACUUGUGAGUCACACGACACCAACCGGUUCUGCACCGCCAACUGCCUGCCUGGCUGCAAGUGUCGCGAAGGACUGCUCAGGAGGAAGGACAGACAAUGCGUUCUGCUCGAACAAUGCUCCGACGGGUGCUCUGCCGAUGAAGUUCCCGACGCUUGCAGCGCCCACUGCGAGCCCACUUGUGAGUCACACGACACCAACCGGUUCUGCACCGCCAACUGCCUGCCUGGCUGCAAGUGUCGCGAAGGACUGCUCAGGAGGAAGGACAGACAAUGCGUUCUGCUCGAACAAUGCUCAGCCGACGGGUGCUCUUCCGAUGAAGUUCCUGACGCUUGCAGCGCCCACUGCGAGCCCACUUGUGAGUCACACGACGCCAACCGGUUCUGCACCGCCAACUGCCUGCCUGGCUGCAAGUGUCGCGAAGGACUGCUCAGGAGGAAGGACAGACAAUGCGUUCCGCUCGAACAAUGGUCCGACGGGUGCUCUUCCGAUGAAGUUCCUGACGCUUGCAGCGCCCACUGCGAGCCCACUUGUGAGUCACACGACGCCAACCGGUUCUGCACCGCCAACUGCCUGCCUGGCUGCAAGUGUCGCGAAGGACUGCUCAGGAGGAAGGACAGACAAUGCGUUCCGCUCGAACAAUGCUGUAAGUUCGCAGUGGCGGUGCGUCCAUAA